AUGCUAGUUAUGUGCCCUUAUUUCCUCCAGUGGAUGUUGGGCUCCAUUGUGGGCUGUUGCGGCCCAAAGGAGAAGACAGGGAUUGUGGAGCUACUCUUGGGACUUAGUCUCAUAGGUGCGGGCCAAGCAGAUUGCAAUGUCCAACAAGACGACAAUCUCCCCCUGGAAAGUUUUAUUAUUCGAAUUGUGGAAGGAGAUGUGGACAGGCGCGAAGGCACAGUGGGAGCACUGGCCCACACUCCGCAAGGAAAAUAUUAUUUUUUCAAGGGGAUAACUUGCAGCACACUUGCCCUCACAACUAGCUCACAAGUCCACAAAAUUGACCAUGAAAAUCUCUAUCGACCACUAUCAGAAUUCCCUAAUCCCUUCAACUAG